UUGACAGAGAGUGGCUGGAAACCUCUAAUGAGGAUAUUCCGAAGUUGUACCUAAUUGGUCUGUCUUUCCUGCUGCUCUUAAGGGGAGAGGGGGAGACGGGGCCGAUCGAAGCUACCACAGAGGGGUGCAUCUGGGACUCCAGGACUCAGAGGAGAGAGUGGUACACUGGGUAUUGAAGGAAGAAAAGGCGAGAAGGGGGAGCCUGGACUCUCAACUGAAGAAGUGAAGGAGCUAGUCAACCAGGAGGUGGUAGAAAAGUGUGGGUUAGAAUACAAGUUCAUGGUGAAGUCUGUGGAUCCAGAUGGAACAAUGGCAGUGACUAAGAAUAAAAAGGAGCCAGGCGAUGUAGUGAUACACCUCAACCCUGACCUCCAGAAAGAAGGGAUGGAGGAAGAAGCUGAAGAAGUGGAAGAAUAUGGAGACACACUGGGAGAAAUGACCAGUCCUGCCCCUGUGAUCCUACCCAACCGCACUGAUUCUCUUGGGGGAGGGACUGCUGAGUGGGGACAGAGGAAGAAAAGAAGUGUACUUGGAGCAAACACAGCUGAAGCAGACCGCUGCCUGGAGCCGAUGUCAGAGGGGGCCUGUUCAGAAUAUGUUCUGCUCUGGUACUUCCACCCUCGCUCAGGGGAAUGCAGGCCGUAUGUGUAUGGUGGCUGUGGAGGCAACAGCAAUCGAUUCUCCUCAAAACAAGAGUGCCAGAGUUGGUGCGGGAUGGAGAGGAGAGGUACCGAACUCUGGAGAGGAAACUAGCAACCCCAAAUAAGGAAAUCAUUUUUGUACAUAACUGUGUAAAAUUUUUAUAAUUUUGUGUUUUGUAUUGGAUUUAUUUAUAUAUAUUAACGGCUGUUUCUUGAUUUGUUUUCAUAGACAAAGUGUUGAAAAUCAAAAUGUGAAUUUUGUGAUUUUUUUUAAUAAGCCUAUGUUUCUGAAAUAGACUCACAUUGGUGAGUUUUUGAAUGUCAAAAGUGAUGUAAAUUCAUACAGACAAAUUAAAUCAGGCUUUUCUUGUG